AUGGGGGUCGAGAGCCGUGGAGGCGUCUGGCAGCUUCAAAACCUUCAGCUGACUGAUUCCCGAAACAACAACACGUUUAUUUUCUCCUCUUGUUCUCCAGGAUUCAGUCGUGUGACAGAUUCUCUUCAGAAACUGCAUGUUGAUGGCUGUGUUGUUCUUUGCAGGGAUCUGAGCCGUAACAAGUUACGCACGUUUCCUGAAGCGCUGCUCGCCAGCCUGCCGCAGCUCAGCGAAAUAAAACUGAGUAACAACGAGUUCGAGUCGAUCCCGGAUUUGGGCCCAAACGCUGGAAACCUCAGCAGUCUGAUUCUAGCAUACAACAGGAUCUCGAGGAUCUCGGCAGAGCGGCUCAGUUCGCUGGUCGCCCUGGAGAUGCUGGACCUUAGCAACAACAAUAUUAUGGAGGUUCGCGCCUGGGCUUUUCCUCCUCUUCCUCUGAAAAACCUGUUGAUGAAUAAUAACCGUAUUUCCACGCUGGAGCACGGCUGCUUCAGUAAUCUGUCCAGCUCGCUGCUGGUGUUAAAGCUCAACAAAAACCGUCUGAGCUCCAUCCCACCCAAGAUCUUUCCUCUACCGCACCUGCAGCACCUAGAGCUGAGCAGGAACCGCGUGAGGCGCAUCGAGGGUCUGGCGUUUCACGGGCUUCACGGCCUGCACUCGCUGAAGAUCCAGAGGAACGGCAUCACGCGGCUCAUGGACGGCGCUUUCUGGGGUCUGAACAACAUGGAAGUCCUGCAGCUGGAGUACAAUAACCUGACGGAGGUGAGUAAAGGCUGGCUCUACGGCCUCCUGACGCUGCAGCAGCUGCAUCUGUCACACAACGCCAUCAGCCGCAUCAAACCCGACGCCUGGGAGUUCUGCCAGAAACUCGCCGAGCUCGAUCUGAGCUGGAACCAGUUGAGCCGUUUGGAGGAAGGUAGUUUCGUUGGUCUCAGCGUCCUCAAGCAGCUCCACAUCGGAAACAACCGCAUCAGUUUCAUCGCUGACGGAGCGUUUCGAGGCCUCGCCAACCUGCAGGCUCUAGACCUGAAGCAUAAUGAGAUCUCAUGGACCAUCGAGGACAUGAACGGCCCUUUCUCUGCUCUCGACAAUCUGAGGAAACUGUUCCUCCAAGGCAAUCGUAUCCGAUCGGUCACCAGGAAGUCCUUCACAGGCCUGGACCUGCUGGAGCAGCUGGACUUGAGCGACAACGCCAUCAUGUCGGUUCAAGCCAACGCUUUCUCUCAGAUGAAGAAGCUGGCAGAGCUGCACCUGAACACAUCCAGCCUGCUCUGCGACUGCCAGCUCAAGUGGCUUUCUCCGUGGGUGGCCGAACACGCUUUCCUUCCUCUGGUGAACGCCAGCUGCGCCCAUCCACAUCUGCUGAAGGGCAGAAGCGUUUUCGCCGUCGCCCACGAUGAGUUUGUGUGCGUGCUGCCGUACUUCACCAAAAUGCCGAUGGACCUGACGAUCCGCGCCGGAGCCACCGCGCGACUGGAGUGCGCCGCUAGCGGACACCCGUCUCCUCAGAUCGCCUGGCAGAAGGACGGAGGCACGGAUUUCCCCGCGGCCCGCGAGCGGCGGAUGCACGUCAUGCCGAGAGACGACGUGUUCUUCAUCGUGGACGUGAAGACGGAGGACGUCGGCGUUUACAGCUGCACUGCGCAAAACACCGCCGGCGCCGUCUCUGCUAACGCUACGCUAACGGUGCUGGAGACGCCGUCGUUCCUGCGUCCGCUGAUGGACCGUACAGUGGUGAAGGGCGAGACGGCGGUGCUGCAGUGUAUCGCGGGCGGCAGUCCUCCGCCUCGACUCAACUGGACCAAAGACGACAGUCCGCUGCAGGUGACGGAGCGACACUUCUUCGCUGCCGGGAACCAGCUGCUGAUCAUCGUGGACGCCGCGGACGCAGACGCAGGAACCUACACCUGCGAGAUGUCCAACCCGCUGGGCACGGAGCGAGGGAACCUGCGUCUGACCGUCAUGCCCAACCCAAACUGUGACCCGGGGCCGGCAGCCGGCGGGGCCCUGGGGCCGGAGGAGGACGGCUGGACUACAGUGGGCAUCGUGAUCAUCGCUGUGGUGUGCUGCGUGGUGGGAACCUCGCUGGUGUGGGUCGUGAUCAUCUAUCACACGCGCCGACGCAACGAGGACUGCAGCGUCACCAACACGGAUGAGACGAAUCUCCCGGCGGACAUCCCGAGCUAUCUGUCGUCUCAGGGAACGCUAGCGGAGCGUCAGGAUGGAUUCAUGGCGUCUGAGAGCGGCAGCAGCCUUCAGUACAUCAGCUCCUCCUCGGGAGGAUUUUACAUGCCACCCAAAGACCUCAGCAGCCUCUUCCAGCUGGACACAAGAAGUGAUGUGGACAUGGAGGCGGCGAUCGACCCCCUGCCGUGCCAUUAUCAGGGGCCUGUGGGUUCACUGCUGAGACGGAGCAACCGCUGCAGCCCUGAUCUGCCCGACACGUACAGCGCGUGUGCGUCAGAGCAGCGGCCCGUCGGUGUCACUUCCUCCUGCAGCAGGAAGUGUGAGUUCUACACCUGCAGCUCCGCCCUCGAGCCCUUCGAUCACAUGAUGAUGCAGCUGGGGGACACUUCCCGCGUGGAGGACUGUGAGAGCGGAGAGUGUGUUCUGGGCUCCUCGGGGUCAUAUAUGGGUACGUUUGGGAAAGCGCCGUGGCGGCCGCAGCAGGAGCUCUGCGCUCAUAACGCCGUCAUUCUUCAGGAGAAUCCGUACGCAGCGCUUCACGCCGACUCAGACCUGGACGAGGAGCACGCGAGCGUUUACGAGCAGCCGUUCGAUCUCAGGACGAUAGAGCGCUUUCCCACGUCUCCGCUGGGCUCUUAGCGCCGCCGCCAAAAACCCAGAAACGCUCUACCUCAAGAAAGGAGCUACGACUGAAUGUAAAUGACACGUUUGUACAGAAAAACAGAUUAUAUGCAUUUUAUACGAAAUUAUAUUUUGUAAAUCAAUAGUGUAAAUAUGACCCUUAUUUUUCCUACUCUUUUCCUGUAAAUGUACGCAGAUAUACUAGUUAACCGUGGGUUGUUUAAUCCAGAUCUGUUUAUGAUUAUUCCGCUUUGGCUUUUGCUUUGAAUAAAGCACAGUUUGCACAAACUAGUACACAAUAAACAUUCCCGUGAGCUGCUACACGCAC